AUGCCAGCGAGGAAGAGCCAGGCGAACCAGAGCGAGAAGGUGAGGGAGGCCCAAGAGAAGACCAAGAAGCUGAUGGCCGACAACGACUUGCAAGAUGCAUUUACUGGAGCGAUCACAACCAGGCUGGUCACCGGUGCGAGGGCCAAGGCUAGGAGCCGGUACGAUGUACAGGAGAAGCAGGAGGGUGAGCAGAAGAGAACAUUCUCGCCCGCCGAUCCACCAAAGGUCUCCCGCCCCAGGACCAGACAAAAGCCCGAACCCAAGCCCAAGCCCAAGCCCAAGCCCGUGGUGAUUACUAUCGACGAUGAUGACAGCAUGAGCCAGGACUCCUUUGCCGAAGCCUCCAGUGCCGCCCCGCCAAGAAAGCGUGCGCGGGGUGAUACGCCGAGCUACUACUCGCCGCGCGUCGUGUUUGGUCGUAUGGACUACGCCGACGUGCAGUGGGAGAUCCGCUGGGAGCAGGCUGAGCUGGCCAUUCGUACGGUGAAGCAGCUCACCGCCGACGACGACGGCGACCCCUAUGCUUUUGACGACGGCGACGGCGACUACGCACCCGAUGAACCGAAACAACGAAACGCAAAACGAAAAGAGUGUCAGCCUCUCGCGCGGGCAGCGCCAAAAGCCACCGAGGACAGAGAGUUCCAUAUCCCCUACACCGACCUAGCCCGUGUUGCGGAGUUGACGUCGACUGGGCUGGUUGCCGUGAGGACACGGACAAUUCUGAGUCAAAUCGAUUCCUACUACUACGACCCACAAAACAGAGAUGGUAGUCGGCACUACAUCCACAUCUACUGCUCCAACGGGAACGAAUGGCGAGAGGAGUGGCACAAGGUGAAGACAAUUCUCGCGGAAGCCAGCAUCAAAACGGCAUCCAUCACCCGAUUCAUAUCGACAAAGAAGAUCAUCACCUACCCGCCAGGUCGCUCAAGAGAUGUGGUCACUCUCACGCAGGCGGACGUCGAGCGACUUGAGCCCGAACAGCUGCUGAACGACAACAUCAUCGAGUUCUACCUCAAGUACCUCUACGAGGAGGCCCUCUUCCCCGACAACGCGCCGCAGAGGGAUCAGUUCUACUUCUUCAACACCUUCUUCUGGCCCAAGCUGCAGUCCCUUAAGAGCGAGGACCAAAUGAAGAAUCUCCUCUCGUGGACCCGCAACGUCGACAUAUUUAAGAAGCGAUUCCUCUUCGUGCCCAUCAACGACGGGUUCCACUGGAACGUGGUGGCGAUCUGCAAUCCGGGCUCCAUCGUACACGCGCAAACGCCCGGGGCGAUGGACAAGCUGCCAAAGGAGGAGUGGCCAGUCAUGGUCCACAUGUGCUCGCUCCACUCGACGGCCGGCCACGUGUUCAACAAGCUGCGAGCCUAUCUUGGCGUGGCGUGGAAUGCGGACGAUAGCAGGCCCAGUAUCAAAGUCACCAAGGACUCGCUGUUGGGUUUCAUCCCCAAUCUGCCGGAGCAACAGAACGGCUCGGAUUGUGGCGUGUUUCUGCUCCAAUACGUGGAGGGCUUCUGCAGGAACCCGCCCACUCUCUACACCAAGGAGGACCUGAAGGUUACGCUCAACCGCAGCUGGUUCGACAACGAGACGAUUACCCAAAAGCGAAGGGAGAUCAAGGAUCUCAUUGCUCGCAUCGCCUGCGAGCAGGAACCCGUGACCGACGAGCCCGAGCAGGCCGAGGGACCCAAGGACGAGGCUGAAGCGGCUGCUGCCACUACCACCACCACUCAGUCGUCGGCCGGUGAUGCUUCGGUCAAGUCAGGCUCCAGCGAUGAAGGAGAGGCUCCGCCAUCAUGCGGCGGCGAGGUGGAAGUGUACGUCGUCGGCGAAGAGACAAACAAGAACGAAACGAGAAUGGACUCAAAGAAUGAAGACGAGGACGGCGACGACGACAACACGCAGCUGCCCAUCGAGCGCGGCGGCGUUGAAGCACACACCGGUGUGAUGGAGGUCGAAGAAGCAGAAGAGAGGGAGGAGGCCGCGAGGGACGACUCCAGCCUGGGCAGCGACCUCACCCCGCCUUCGCCGCUGAGUCUGAACUCGGCCCCGGUCAGCAGCGACGACGAAAUGCUGAAGGAGCUGGUGGCACAGGAGGCCGACGAUCGCAUGCCCACCUCGGGCGCCGCCAGACGACCUAGCCCAGGGCUUUCGCCGCCGCGCUCGACCACCACUCGAGAGGUUGCGAUGGCAGACCUCGACGAGGGCGAGGGCGAGGGCAGCGGGGAGACGCCGGGCAUGGAGCUCAAGGUGGCGCGAUGGACCGAGAAGAGGAAGCGGAAGGGCGAAGAACGACGCCGAGAAACGAAAAAGGUAAAGAAAGCGACGGCGGGCCGGGGCGGCGACGGAGAGCGUGACCAGUCCUGCGCAUCCCGGGCGGAGGACGAUGACGAGAACGAGGCGGAGGAGGAGGAGCGAGGGAGCAAGAAGGCCGUAGGCUACGAGGGUGAUUCAGAUAUCGACAUCUGGGUCCUGUCGCCACGGCUUCAGCCGGAUUUCGAUCCCGUCUUCGAAGCCAACGCCAGCAAGCAGCGAGACCGAGAGCGUGACGACAACGACGAAGAAGAGGAGGGCGAAGGCAAGACGACGAAGAAGAGGUGGGCCAAACGACGGAAGCGAGAGGAGAACGGCAGCAGUGGAAUGGAGGAUGAGGCUGAGGAAGCGGUGAUCACGGCGGUCGUGCCCGCAUCGUCGUCAUCGACCAGCGUGCGAGCGUCAACGGUCGACACGUCGGCGGCCCGACCAUCAGGGCGGACCGUGCUACCGGUCGCAGCGUCGCCGCCGGCGUCGCCGCACCGACAGAAGGUCCCAAUCGGCGACGGAGGACAGACCGUUGUCGUCGACAUCGGCGAAGAAGAAAAAGAAGAAGGCGAACAGAGAAAAGCGAAGGAGGAGAAGGAGAAGCGGGCAGCGCAGUCGAGAAGUCGCGGCGCGACAGGCACCAAGGGCGAAAGCUGGUGGUCUAUCGUCCGCGGAAGCUUGUCGGGCCUGCGGUCAGCCUGGCCCACAACGACUCCGGGCGCAGCAGUAGGACCCGCCGGCGAGUCGAUGCACGGACAGCAACUCAUUUUGGCGCCACUACCACCACCAGGCCAAGACGAAGACCCUCUGCUGAAUAGAAGAGACGAGGAGGGGCAGACCAUGGCAACACCGACGCCAACGCCAACGACGACGCCGACGCCAACGAGCACCUCGACGGAGACGACGAUGACGAGUUCGGCCGAGAAUGAUAUCAGUAGCUCCGGCUCGGGCAAACGAAAGCGGCUACGAAAGCGACGAAGAAAAGGAAAACACGGCAGCCAAGCCGACGACAGUCUCAGCUCAGAGGCCAGCCUGCCCUUUGACGGCGAAGGCGGCGAAGGCGGAUCACCAGUGUUCCACGUGGUCUACGACGCUGUGGCGGUGGCCGACCGCGAGGCCGCGCACGGGCGGUGGGACACCACCGCAGCGGGCCUGCCCGCCGAGGUCAAAGAGGAGGCGAACGACGGGGAGGAGAACGAGCAGGCGAGCGAAGAGAUGAUGAGGAACGCGGUUGAAGAAGAAGAUGGAGGAGGAGGAAAAGAAGAGGAAGAAGCCAACGACGACGACUCGGGCACGAUCAGCGAUCCGCAUCCGGGGCGAUUGCGCCACGCCAAUGGGCCGCGGUGCGUGGCGGGACGAACGAAGACGAAGGAGGGCCUGGCGAUGAAGAAGGUCACAAAGAAGGGCAAGGGCACGCCCAAGCCCGCCAUCAGAACGCUGGUCAGCCAACACCACAAGACUUGUGUAGCAGUGCACAUAGCUCUGGCCUCCAACCUGAAGAACAAAUUUGAGGAGCUGGCCAAGCCACCGCCUGAGCCCGAGAGGAAGAAGACGGGCGGCAAGGUGGGCUGGAACGACCCGGCGGCGCAGGGCCAGAAGAAGGUCCACAAGGGCGGCCACACCGUCAUCGGCAACGGCCCCCCGCCCAAGAAGAGCCUCACCGACCUGCCCUGA